AACGUACUUGGUUAAUUAAAUCUUCUUCGAAUGUCAUCUUGUAUGUAACAGAAUAGCCAAACGCUUUACACGAAGAAUGAAAACACAAAAUGGCGUCCGGCCGCGAGCGAGCCGAGUACCUAAUGUGUGUCACUGGUGUUGGCCCUUGCCCCUUUCGUCCCGCGCCCCUCGCGCGUCGACGCAUCGCGUAUGUAACCAAUUAGGACACUCAAAAGAGAUCUGUUGCUUUGAUUACAUGGUCGCACGAUCAAACGCAUCGUACGAUCGUUAUUAAGCAUUUCAUGUGCUCGCACGAUUACUUGCGAGGUUCAAAUAGGACACUCUGAUGAAAUCUGUAUGUUUGAACUCAUCGCACGACGAGAACGCAUCGUGUCAUCGUACGAUCGCUGUCAAUUAGGACGACGCCUUACAAAUUAACUUCCUCUCCCCUGCCAUGAAAUCUCUUGAAUAUUUAAUUUCACCUUAUAUCUAAGUGGCGCUGCCCUGGUGGCAGAAAAAUCGUGGAUGCUGUCAUUGUCACAAAGUACAUUUAGGUAUUAGAUAUAAACUGAAAGUAAUCAUUACAUUUCUGUCAAACUAAUUUCAUAGGUUUCAAAUCGCACAAAAAUUAAAAACAUAAUGGCGGAGAAAAUUGUUGUAUCGGAAUUUGGUUAAUGGAGUGUUAUUUUUAAAUGCUUUAAUCGCAAGAAGGCAUUUGUACUUUUUCCAUCAAAAUUGUUGCAAUACAAACUGAAGUGAUCAUCGAAAAUUAUCGAAUAUGUGUAAUAUUUGAACGGAUCUUCUAUUAGUUUCUUUAAUAACGUAUAUUGUACAUGCAUAACAUUUAAUAGUCAAUUUUAAGAUUAAAAAACCAGAUGAAGAAGGCCAAUUACCAUCACAAGUUUUAACAAAUAGAAUUAAAACAGUAAACAUAUAAUAAAACAAAACUGUUUAUACUAUAGUCGUAUUUUUAAUUAGACGAAGCCAACUGACAGUAGCUAAUGUCACUUUGUAAAAUAAUGUUGCCAUAUUUAAAGUAAUAGUGAUGCGUUCAGUUCUCGUUCAAUCAGAUGAAUGAACAAUGAGUGUGUAUAGUUAAUCAUUUCAAACUAUAAAAGAAUAUUAUUUCUAUUUUACAAUAAAAUUGUAUAAAAGUGCUCUGAUAUAAGUUACUAGUAGUAUGUAACUACAAUCAGUUUUUUGAGGUUUUAUUACAAAGCGCGGCGCGGCGACUACUGCCAACACCGAUCAACGCCGCGCGCGUCGGUCGCCAUUUUGUUUGUUAUUCGGCUUCUAACCUCUGGUCUGAUAGCACGAAUGUUUUUUCUGCGCUCACGCUGUUUAGUUAUUGUUUUUGUUAAGUUUUUCGUUACGUUGUGUUUGUGGUAAUUGUUGUGUUUAUUUGUUGCUAUAUUGUUUCGUACAAAUGAUAUGGAUCCUCAACCAAGCACGUCAAGCCAAAGCUUGUCUCCAAGAAAGAAGAGACCACGGAUUGCUUUAAGCGUUACCGAAAAACUUAUGAUACAAAACGUCUACAAACACGUAUUUGAGGAAAAAGCUGCUUCACUAUUACCUAUUGAGGCCCCCGAAAAAAAAGAAUGUGUUGCGAAAACAGCUGACAUUUUGGGAAUUGGUGUGACCUCAGUUUACAGUGUGUUAAAAGAAUGCAAAGAAAAUGAACAAUUUAAGUCUCCCGAGAAACGUGGACCGAAACACAGUUUCAAAGAUAAAUUAGACGAUUUUACUUUUGCCGCUAUAAGGCGAAAAGUACAUAAUUUUUUUUAUGCAAAUGAGUCACCCACCAUUAUAAAGGUAACUUAAACUUUAUUCCUUCUACUGCAUUAUAUUCUGUGUCCACCAUAAUGUUCUUUGUAAAACCAAAGUAUUAGAUUGCGUAGACUUCCUUACUCAAAACAUAUUUUUAUUACUUUACAGAUUCUUAAGGUUGUCAAUGAAGACCCAGACUUACCCAAUUUUUCUUGGAGUACAUUAAGAAAUGUUAUGAAACAUUUAAAUUUCAAAUAUGUCACAAAAUCAAGACACAGCAUUUUAAUUGACAGACAGGACAUUAUUCUAUGGCGCCAGCGAUACCUUCGAAAAAUUAAAGAGUAUCGAAGGGAAGAAAGGUAUAUUUAUUACCAAGAAGAAACCUGGAUCAACGAAGGUCAUGCACCGAAGAAGGCAUGGAUUGACCAGACAGUGUUAUCGUCCCGCCAGGCCUUCCUAGAUGGCUUGACCACUGGCUUAAAACAGCCUUCAGGAAAGGGCAAACGAUUAAUUAUCGGCCAUAUAGGCGGGGAAGAAGGAUUCGUAGAAGACAGCUUAUUAAUAUUUGAAGCCAAAAAAAAUAAAGAAGAUUAUCAUCAAGAGAUGAAUGCCGAUUCCUUUGAGAAGUGGUUUAGGGGGGUCUUGCCAAAACUAAAACCAAAUUCCGUAGUAGUGAUGGAUAAUGCCCCCUACCACUCCAGGAAACUAGAAUCGCUGCCUAAAAUGUCUUGGACUAAACCUAGAAUACUAGAGUGGCUAACGAGCAAAAAUAUUUCAUUCGAAGCAACAAUGGUUAAAGCUACUCUUAUAGACAUUGUACGGCAGCACAAGCAAGAACAUUGCGAUAAGUAUGUUGUGGACGAGAUGGCAGCGCAGCAUGGGAUAAUUGUUUUACGUCUGCCCCCAUACCACUGUGAGCUCAAUCCCAUUGAGUUGGUAUGGGCGCAGGCUAAAGGAUAUGUUGCAAGAAAUAACAAAACCUUCAAAAUGACAGAAGUAAAAAAACUUUUUGAAGAAGGACUUCAACAUAUCACACCUGAAAAAUGGAAUAGCUGCGUGUCUCAUAUAAUUAAAAAAGAAGACAAAAUGUAUGGUCUCGACCACAUGAUUGACAAUGUUACUGACAGAUUUUUAAUUAAUGUCACCGAAAGCGAUAGUGAUGAUUUUUUAUCUGAUAAUGAAUAAAAACAAAUUAUGU